AUUCAACCCCCGAAUGAUCGACCAUAUGCACCACGGUGAAUCUAGAUGAUUCAACUUACACCUGGCCGGAAAGGUACUGUCUUAGACCUCGUCGACCCACGUUAAAAUGUGAUAUCAGGCCUUUCGGAGGUGCGAUAUCGGAAUUCGGAGAGUCCAAACUCCAUCGGAUCCGCCUGGAUGUAGCUGGACUGUCAACAAGAUGGAACUCACCUUUCACUCUGGUACAUACCUAUAAAAUCCUGCACCAAUGUCCAAUCCGCGCUCCAUGAACGAAACAACAACAGGACAUGGAUACUCAAGCCACUGACCAGUCUGCCAACCAGGCCUUUGUACUACAUCCCGGGGGUUCAUUUACCUUCGAGGAACGCAGCAUACCUACCCUUCGAUCAGACCGCGACAUCCUAGUUCGAAUCGCCGCCACCGGUCUCUGCGGAUCAGAUGUCCAUUACUGGCAACACGGCGCGAUCGGGCGAUAUGUGGUCGACAGGCCCAUUAUUCUAGGACACGAGUCGUCGGGGAUCGUGGUGAAGUGCGGCAGUGGUGUUGAGGGAUUCGUCCCAGGCGAUCGCGUUGCGCUGGAGCCCGGGGCCACCUGCAAUACCUGCCACCACUGCCGCGGGGGACGCUAUAACCUGUGCCAGUCCGUCCGCUUCGCUGCUACGCCCCCGCAUGAUGGAACGCUGGCCACCUACUACUGUGCGCCCGUGGAGUGCUGCUACAAGCUGCCACCACAGGUGUCGCUGCGUGACGCUACCCUGAUCGAGCCCCUGGGUGUGGCAGUCCAUGGAUGCCUACGGGCGGGCCCCAUGGAGCAGAGAUCCGUGGCUAUCUUUGGAGCGGGCCCAGUCGGUCUGCUUUGCUGCGCCGUUGCGGCUGCCUUUGGCGCGUCCACGGUGAUAUCCGUGGACGUCGUCCCGAGUCGACUGGAUUCUGCGCGGAGGUAUGGCGCCACGCAUACGUACCAGAUGAGCGCCGAGUCCGCCGACACGAACGCAGCGGACUUACUGGCAGGUGCUGGGUUGCAGUCCGGGGUGGACAUUGUUCUGGACGCGAGUGGCGCCGAGCCAUGCGUAAACUGCGGCAUCCUGGCCCUCGCGCACGGCGGGACCUUUGUGCAGGUCGGGUUGGGGAAGUCGAAUCUGUCCAUCCCUGUGGGCCAGAUCUGCGACAAGGAGAUCGCGUUCAAGGGGAGCUUUCGCUACGGACCGGGGGACUUUCAGCUGGCGAUUGGGCUGCUGAAGUCGCGGCGUAUCAGCCUCGAGGGUCUCAUUACCCACGAGUUCGCCUUCUCGGAGGCGGAGGAUGCGUUUAAGAAUGUGGCUGCCCGCCGGGGAAUCAAGUCCGUGAUAUAUGGCCCCGGAUUCGACGACGGUGCACUCAAAGCAUAUCCGGCGCACUUAUGAAUUUGAAUUUAUCGAUUAGCAACCAUCAUAGGCGUUGGGGACACCCGGGGGUGGAUGAAUGUUAUAUCUACUAUGAUCUAGAUUGUGCAUACAGCAUGUAUACCUUUAUGACCUGGUACAAGGUGCUUUAAAGACGAUAUCGAGAUGGACCGCCGAAUC